AUGGAUUUACACGCUUUGAAAGACUGCGAACAGAAAUCUGUUGUUCCAUUGGUUGAACACUACAGCGAGAAACGCAAAAAUCCUGAAUAUACUUUCGAAACAACGAUGGAGGACAAGGGGGUGAAUAAUAACGGCAUGCUUGCUGAUUAUCAUACUACAACAGGAUCAAAACGUACUUCAGAAGAUGUUAAUGCCGUUCUUGAUAAUGAAAACGUCCAAGAAGCCGUUGUCGAGAAAGGGAUCGAAGUUGUUGGAAACGCAAUCGAUCAGCAGAUAGCAAAUAUCCAGGGAGCACAGAAUAAAUCAGAAGCAUUUUUAAAUAAAAGGAUAAAAUUGAAUAUCUUUCCUGAGAAAGGCUGGAAAAAUGAGGAUAUGUUUGCGCCACCUGGAUAUCAUAUGGACGCAGAAAUAGAAAGCGAUAGUUCCCCAGCGAGCAGCGAGGAAGUUGGUGAUCCUGUGUACACAUAUCCUGCAGGAAUAGGAACUAUGAUGAUGAAUGGAUGCUGGGGGACUGGAUAUCAACCUGGUGAUCCUUGCUAUCAAUCUCUAGAAGUUCUAACUGCUUGUCAGAAUAUGAUUGAUGGCGCUGCAUUUAUUGGUGUUGGCUUUGAUGGACGUGGUAAAUACAGUCCAGAGUCGAGAAAAAUGAGUAUCAUACAACGUUCUUGUGGUGGACGUUCUUACUACGACGACUUUCAAGUGCCUGACACAAUGAACGUUCAUGGCAUAUACGAAACAAGUUCAAACAUGCGAGUUUUUUCUUCACGAAGAGAAUUUCAAACGUAUCUGCAAACAGAAGCUGGAGUAUCAGGGUCGACGUUUGGGUUAUACGCUGGAGCUAAAGCUGCUUAUGGGGCAUCAGCCGGCUUGAAUAGUCAAAUUAAUCUUGCAGUCUUUGACAUCGAUGUGGACAGAUAUGAAAUAUUCAAAGAUGAAGUGAAACCUCAAGAUCUCUCGCGUGCAUUUCUUCACGAGUUCAUGAAUCUACCACCAUCCUUCAUUCAACCUGGUGCACCAGCUAAAUUCAGUGACUUCAUAUCUCGAUGGGGGACUCAUUAUAUAAAAUCGGCAAAAUUCGGCGGACAAUUAGAAAUACGAAAGCUGCAAAGUGGUCUAUCCACAUCAACCAAGCAGGAAUUUGCAGUCGAAGCUGAAGUGGAAUACAAAAGUCUUUUCUCCAGUAUUGGUGGGUAUAGCAGCACUAGUGGUGGAGUCGAAGCAAAGACAGAAGAAAAAUUCAUGUCAACUUCAGUUCAAGCUCUUGGUGGAGAUCAGGAGAUAGCAGCAGCAGUCGCAGACUUAUACUCGCCAAUAUUUAAAAGUACACUAGUCGAAUGGCUUGACAGCAUUAAUAGUUACCCCAAAGCAUUCAAGUUCAUUAUGGGACCGAUCACUGACCUUGUUGAUUUUCGUGCUGCUGAACUUUUUCCUGAUGCAACCGUCGAUUGGGGUUGUGAGGCAAAUAGUGCAAAACUUGUAAAGGAAGAAAGCACAGAGAGAUAUUAUUAUAAUAGGACGGUUGCUGGUGUGACAAUUAAAACUUACUGUGACUAUGGAAGCAGGGAAGAGCUUGAAAACACGUUGAAACAACGUCGAACGAAUUUAAAGGCUGCCAUAGAAUCUUACAUGGAAGAAGGGCCAGUAUCAGCAACUGAUGUAAAUCUUCGAGCAGGUGACGGAGGAUGUGAAACACUGCAUCUUGAAGGUUCAGCGGCCAUCCCAAGAUGGAACGAGAUCUCAAAUAAUGGCAAAGUGUUUAAUGUCAUUUUCGACAUGGAUACUGAAAUCCGUGGAAAUAAAAGCAAGAUCUCCAAAACCAUGUCAAGAUUGGUAAAAUGGAUGUGA